AUGUUUAGAGAAGAAUUGUAUUCAGAAAAUGAUACUGAUCGUAAAUCAAAAAGUUUAAAUACUAAGCCAAGUAAAAAAUUCCAUACCAACGAUUAUUCAAAUAACUAUAUUCAUACUGGCUCUUUGCCUCAAAAACAUGUUUCAAAUAUAAGUAACACUGUUGAAGGUUAUCCAAAAUUGCAAAAAUUAUUUCAAAUGAAAGAGAAGCAGAUAGCACAGUAUGCUACAACUCCAUUUGGUUGCAAAGUUAAUAUUGAUCAAAUGGUGCCAACUUUGAAUAGUUGGAUCCAAAAGGAAAAAUUAACCUUUGAUGUAGUUAUGAUCGGUUGUUUGACUGACAAUCAAUUUAUUUAUCCACUUUUGACUCAAUUACCCUUGGAUAAAUUGGUAUCAAAGCCUGGGUUUCUAUUUAUUUGGGCUAGUGCUCAAAAGAUAAAUGAAUUGACAAGAUUAAUGAAUAACGAAUUAUGGGCUAAGAAAUUUAGAAGAAGUGAAGAAUUAGUGUUUGUUCCUGUGGAUAAAAAUUCACCAUUCUACCCAGGUUUAGAUCAAGAUGAUACUACACUAUUCGAAAAAAUGCAAUGGCAUUGUUGGAUGUGUAUUACUGGUACAGUAAGAAGAUCUACGGAUGGUCAUUUAAUUCAUUGUAAUGUAGACACUGAUUUAAGUAUUGAAACUAAACAAACUCGUGAUGGUGCAGUACCUUCCCAUUUAUAUAAAGUAGCUGAAAAUUUCUCUACUGCCACUAAAAGAUUACAUAUUAUUCCUUCAAGAACUGGUUUAGACGUUCCUGUGAGAUUAAGACAAGGUUGGGUCAUUAUGAGUCCCGAUGUCAUCUUGGAUAAUUUCAAUCCUGCUAGAUAUAAAAAUGAAAUUGCUAGGAUUGGUACUCAUAUCCCAACUAAAUCCGAUAUUGAAAAUUUAAGACCAAAGAGCCCAAUCCAAAAGGUUCAAUAA